CUGCCAACGCUGCAUUUGGCCCAGGCCGCGUUCAUGGCCGCCCUUGGGACCCUGCGCUGAGCCCCGGAGGCCCUGGCGUCCGGGGCUGCGCCGCUCCCGAGGGCCGAGCGUGAGUGUCCGGAUCCCAGGAACAGCGUGGCGGGUGUGGAAGGGUUGAAGAGAUUGGGAGGCUCUGCGUCUCCCUGCCCGGGCCUUAGGGCACCGGCCUGGGCCGGCCGGAGCUGAAGGAGUAGGGGCCGGAUUCAGAGGCGAACGUCUCGGCCCUUCAGUUGCCCAUCCCGGCGGGUGUCAGAGCCCCGAGUAGGAAAACGACCGGAGGGGUAUGAACCACGGUAGCUGGAGACCCCCGGGGCGUGGUCUCUCGCCCCUCCUCUCGGGCAGGGCGGGGCCAGGAGUCCCACUGGGCUUGGGCCUCGCGAGUUCCUGACUGUGUCUUGCCGCAGGGGGCGCCAGCGCCAGCCACGCGGAUAUGCGGCGCAGGCUGCGCCUACGCGGCGACGCGGCGCUCACACUGCUCCUCGGCUCUGCGCUCGGCCUCCUGCUCUACUCGCAACGUGAAGGCGCGGCCCCGACAACGAGCGCGCCGCGAGCGCUGGGAAGGGCAGCGCCGAGGCCCAGCCACCGGCCCCGCGUCUUCCAAGCACCCGAGGCGGGCGCAGACCCGCCGGCCUAUGAAGGGGAUACGCUAGCGCCGCCCACGCCUACAGGACCCUUUGAUUUCCGCGGUUACCUGCGCGCCAAGGACCAGCGGCGCUUCCCUCUGCUCAUGAACCAGCCGCACAAGUGCCGAGGCGAUGGCGAGCGCAGUGGCCCACCCGACCUGCUCAUCGCUGUCAAGUCGGUGGCGGCCGACUUCGAGCGGCGUCAAGCCGUGCGCCAAACGUGGGGCGCUGAAGGCCGCGUGCAGGGGGCGCUCGUGCGCCGCGUGUUCUUGCUGGGCGUGCCCAGGGGCGCGGGCACUGACGGGGCAGACGUGGACGGGGCGGGCACGCGAGGGCACUGGCGCGUCUUGUUGCGUGCCGAGAGCAGUGCCUACAAGGACAUACUGCUCUGGGCCUUCGACGACACUUUCUUCAACCUAACGCUCAAAGAGAUCCACUUUCUGGCCUGGGCCUCGGCCUUCUGCCCCGACGUACGUUUUGUUUUUAAGGGUGACUCCGACGUGUUCGUGCACGUGGGAAACCUGCUGGAGUUCCUGGCACCAAGGGAUCCGGCACAGGACCUGCUUGCGGGUGACGUGAUUGUGCAGGCGCGGCCAAUCCGCGUGCGGGCCAGCAAGUACUAUAUACCAGAGGCUGUGUACGGCCUGCAGGCCUACCCAGCCUACGCGGGUGGUGGUGGCUUUGUGCUUUCUGGGGCCACGCUGCACCGCCUGGCUGACGCCUGCGCGCAGGUUGAGCUCUUCCCUAUCGACGAUGUCUUUCUGGGCAUGUGUCUACAGCGCCUGCGGCUCACACCGGAACCUCACCCCGCUUUCCGCACCUUUGGCAUCUCUCCGCCUUCGGCCGCACCGCACCUGCGCACCUUCGACCCCUGCUUUUACCGGGAGCUGGUUGUAGUACACGGGCUCUCGGCCGCUGACAUCUGGCUUAUGUGGCGCCUACUACACGGGCCACAUGGGACAGCCUGUGCACGUCCAUGGCCUGCUGCAGCAGGCCCCUUCCAGUGGGGCCCCUAGCCACCCAUCCCUACCCCAAGCUCCCCUUAUUCAGACCCAGGAUGGAGUGGGAGAGUCGUUCUUGAAGAGAGAGUUUCUCCGAAGUUAUUGUAGCGUAUAUGGUUCUUCCCCAAAAAGGGGGAGCAAUUUGGGAUCAGGUAAUGGAGCCUGACCUGUUAAAGACAGCCAGGGCUGAGGUGGCUGAACACCAGGCUUUUGCUACAAAUAAGCAAGGUACUUAUUUCUAAGACACAUUUGGUCCUCCUAGUACCUAGUAGCUGUUUGGGGUGGGAGAGGGGCUCCUGUGCCCACUUGCUCCUUGGUUUGGAACCCCUGGGAUGAUGCAGAUGCAUGCAGGCCUCUUUAACCAAGGCCUGGUGGUGGGGUGGGGUAGGGCUGGCCUCAGCUGUCUUGGACCUGGCAGGCAUUCUGCCAAAUUCAACCGAGGGUAGAAGUUUUGGUUCCUAGCCCUGGCCAGUCUGUAGAUCUUCCCCUGAGGUCUGCUUUUCUGGACCCCCACCCCCAUCCCCACCCCACCCCACCCCACCCCACCAUGCCCUGGUCCAGCUGAACUCCAGGGUUGGAGCCAAACACAGGAGUGAUUGAGUGCACGGUCUUAAAAAAGUUUUUCCCCACCUCCAAGAACCUACACGCACAGAACUAUGCAAAUCUCCUACUUAAUGCUGUGUACCAUCCUCUUUGGAGGAGCCAAGGACCCUCUCCCCCUAACACCCCUCCACUGCAAGUUUUCCCAUAGUCUUCAACUACUUACCCCCUUUUCCCAACAAAAACCAACACCCACACAUAUUUUAGUACAAACAUCUCAGCAACAGCACAUAUAGGCAGUUGCUGAGGGCAUAGGUGCUUUAUUGGGGGUGGGGAUUGGGCAGGGGAUAAGGAAGGCUGAUGGGGAACAGUCCUAGCUGCCCCUGACAAUGGGAUAUGUAUGUGGGGUUCUCUGGCCAGGCCCUGGUCCACAUGGGAAGACACUAGUCAGUCACAGAGUCACGGGAGCACCACACAAGCCUGGCUGUUUGCCUGGGAAACACACACAGGAGCCUGGGGCAGGUCCCCUGUGCAUUCAUCAUUAAACUAUACAUGAUGAGGCUAUACAUGAGUUAAUUACAAAAGAGUCAUAUUUACAAAAGUCUGUACACACAUUUGAAAAACUCACAAAAUUGUCAUCUAUGUAUCACAAGUUGCUAGGCCAAAAUAUUAAAAAUGGGAUAUUAUACA